UUCAGUACGCAAGAUAGUUGAUUAUCCAUCUAGACUUGUUAUUGACCGAAGCCUUCUCCCGGCACGGUUCGUUGCAGUUGUUGCAGCGCUAGCUUUGCAAGAUCUCGAUGUCAACUCAUCACUGCCACAUCAUCCCAGCAAGAUCUUCGCCCGCAGUUUUUGAGGAAAGGUGACCUUAACAUCGAAUCACAGCGUGUGUGUUUUCUGAGGCGACCAUUAAGAAGAAAACUCGCACCGACUUCAAUGACAUUAUAACUGGAGGCAUGCACGGGCUUCGGUCUUCAAGGGGUGACUCAUAAAACGCUAGCAGUUUUAACAUUUAAAAUUAUUGCUGUAAUGUUCAAGGGCGAGAAGCCACGAAGCUAAGUGCGAAGCACGAAAGCUUUGUCACAUAAAUUGUAGCGCGUAAAUUGAAGUUUUACAAGAGGCUUACCAAGAUAUGGGUUCAAUGAACCAUGAAUUACAGUUUCUUCGAAGCAACCAGUAUUCAGGCGACUUGGAGAAUUCAGAAGUCCAAGCACUUCGAAAAGAACGGCAGAUAUCACGAAAGAUUUUGGUAUUUGCCUGCACCGUAGCAGUUACCGGAUUUGUUUGUCUGAUCAUCGGCAUUGCCUUGCUUCGAAUGAACAGGCUUGAUGAGCAUACAUCUUCAAAGCCCGACAACAAUUGUGGCUCAAAAGGAAGUGAGCCGAACGUAAGGACAAAAACGACGAAUUUCACGCAGAGUUGCAGUUAUUCCGAAGAGUUCAAGAGAUCAGGCCUCCUGAACUUUGUAAACAAAUUAAAGGACGUAUUUUACAAGCUGCAUCCUUAUGAAGUACCAUACAAGCCACGAGUAUCAACUGAUGAAGUCAGAAAGAACUUCAAAGCAUUUAAUCCGAUUCCGUCCAGUAUUAAGGACAUCACCGACACAUCAAGGUCAUUAUUAGGAGAGCUUAACAAACUACAUAUUGAUACGGGGCUGCUGAAGACGAGAGAAGCAAAAGCACUGGCCGAGAUGAAGCAUUUUCUGGAGCAUAAUUUUGGAAAUGUUUAUAAUUUUGACUAUUAUUCAGGUCAGUGGAUGCUCGGUCCCAACAGAUUUUGUUACACGGAUGUUAUUGCCAGACUACCAUAUCACUUUCGUAUGUUCCUGAAAAAAUUGUCUCCGUCAACAAUAGAAGAUAUGCAGACCAUCAUUCAAGUUCUAAAAGGCUUUGGAAGGGGAAUAGAGCAGUACAUAAACAACAUCAGGCGGGGAGUGAGAACAGGUAUGGUAGGCUCCGUCGAAGAGUGUCGAGUUGGAUUGGAUUGUUUAACCCAAAUGUAUCCAAAAAUUGCGGACAGUCUGUUUGUCGAAGACAUCAUGAUGGAAUCAUUUGCAAAUCCAUUUCUAACGGCUGGGUUUUACCAGAGAUUUCAGGACGUGGAAGAGCUGUGGUUACAGAGACAAAAUGUAUCUUUAGAACAUUCUAUGGCAGACAGUUUGAUUAGUUAUGUGGGAGUUCCUUUGGUGAAUUUGCUGCGAUAUCUUAAGGAGGAUCACAUGAAGCACUGUGUGCCUAGUAACGUUUCCAGCGGACUGUUUAAUCGCCCGUUACAUUAUGUGUACUAUAACGGUAUUGCUAAUGUUUCUGAGUCCGCGAGUAAGAAACUGCCCAGCGGUGAAAUAAUCGAUGGGAAGGCUGGGUACGAGAGAACUAUGCGAUUUUUUACAACAACAAAUCACACAGCUGAAUCUGUUUACAAGCUUGGUUGGUCCAUGUUAAAGUCGAUCUAUCCUCAAGUAUUAGAUAUAGCCAAGUCUGUCACGGGAUUCACUGACUAAACAAAAGCUGUGGAGUCGUUUCGAAA